GCACAAACCGGAAGAAGAAACACUUUUUCCGGUCGAAGAAGAAGAGUGACAGCGAUGGCGGCCGGUGAGAGCAGCUGAGCGGCACACACAGAAACUACUCAGCUUGUCCCGGUCCCGGUCCUGGUCUCGGUCCCGGUCCCGGUCCUGGUCCCGGUUCCAGUCCAGGUCCUGGAUGCAGGGCGGCCGGCCAGUGGUGGAGGUGGUCCGUCUGGGCCUGGUCUCGUACCAGGAGGCCGUGCGGCUGCAGCAGGUCUACGUGAACCGGCACCGGUCCGGUCCGGCUCACGCCCUGCUGCUGUGUCAGCACCCGCCGGUCUACACCACGGGGAUCCGCCACAGACCGUACCCCGCCCCCCUGCUGGACCGCUUGAGCCGGCUGGGCGCCGAGGUCCACCGCACCAACCGGGGAGGACUCAUCACCUUCCACGGCCCGGGUCAGCUGGUCUGCUACCCGGUCCUGAACCUGGGCUCCUUCAAGAAGAGUGUUCGUUGGUACGUUGGCGAGCUGGAGAAGACGAUCAUCUCCGUCUGCGGCAGGUUCGGCAUCGAAGCGUCGACGUCUCCUCACACCGGCGUUUGGGUCGGAGACAAUAAGAUCUGCGCCAUCGGGAUCCACUGCGGUCGCUACGUCACGUCUCACGGCGUGGCGUUGAACUGUAACACCGACCUGUCGUGGUUCACGCACAUCGUGCCGUGCGGCAUCGAGGAUAAAGGCGUGACGUCGCUGAGCGCCGAGCUGCAGAGAGACGUCAGCGUGGAGGACGCCGUCCCUCACCUGCUGGACGCCUUCACGCACACCUUCAACUGUCAGCUGACCCACGCUGAACCAAUCACAUGACGCUCAUCUCAUCAGCUGACGAGCUCUUUCACUGAGCUGCUUUCAUGAAGUGAACUUUGUGUUUUAUUGUCUUAAUAACGAGGCGACUGUGAGGCGGAGCCUGAUAUGUUAAUUAAUAAUAAACUUUAUGUGUCAACAAACUUUAAAAUCAGCUCAAUGGAACAAAAUCUAGCAAAUAAAAGUACUGAGAAAAUAAAAAAACAAAACAGAAUAAAGUUUUAAUGAUUUUGCUUCAUUAAAGCUGAAUUUUCUCCUUUAAUAACAAACAUCAUUUAAAUUUAAAUGAACAAAUAACUUGUUGAUGUUUUCUGUUAUUUUUUAACCUUCAAGUUCAUUAAAAUACAGAACGAAUUAAUUACAGCAUUAAUGGGAUAAAACUGUGACAUCAUCAUCUGUAUCUGGUUGCUAUGGAGACAAUCUCAUCAGCAUCCAGCUAUAAAACAUCUUCAGACACGUUUUAAUAAUAUAUGAUGAACAUUCAGUUUAUCACAAAACAAACAAACAAACAAAUAAAUACAUAAAGACUUUCUAUUCAGAGAAUAAAACAUGAUUGAUUGAUGAUGAUUGAUGAUCUCUAGUUUGUUAUUUAUGUGAUACGAGAUAUUUCAGUUAAUAAAGUGUUGGAUCUUA